AUGGAUGAUCGUCAAAAUCUUCAAAGUCUCCAAAAAGCAAUCGACGAUCUAAAUGAUCGACGUGUAUUGUUGGAUACUACAUUAACUGAUAUGUUAAGAACAGGACAUCCAAAAGGACAACCACAAAAUCUUGAUGUCGAACGUAAUGAGUUAGUCAUUCAAAUUAUAACAACGGAAAUUCCAUUUGUAGCUUCGAAACAUAAUUUAUUGGUCUAUGAUAAAGAACAAUUUCUUAGACGUCAAGGUGAAAAUAACAAUGCUAGUGUUGUUUCUUAUCAAAUGGAUGAUCUUCAAAAUCUUCAAAGUCUCCAAAAAGCAAUCAACGAUCUAAGUAAUCGACGUGCAUUGUUGGAAACUACAUUAAAUAAUAUGUUAAGAACAGGACAACCACACAAUUUUGAUGUCGAACGUAAUUACUUAGUCGUUCAAACUAUAAGAAUGGAAAUUCCAUUUGUAGUUUCGCAAUAUAAUUUAUUGGUCUAUGAUAAAGAAGAAUUUCUUAAACGUCAAGGUGCAAAUAACAAUCCAGGUGUUGAUGGUGGCAAUUCCAGUAUUAGUGGUGACAAUUCCGGUGCUAGUCGUGACAAUCGUGGUGUUAGUAGUGGCAAUGCCGGUGCCAAUGUUCAUCAUUAA